AUGAGUGGGGCGGCAGGUACUUCACAGAAUGAUGAUGGCUCUAGACCCAAGGAUGAAGCAAGAGUGAGCACAAAUGGAUCAGAUGAUCCUGAGGAUACAGGAUCUGGUGAAAAUAGGAAGGUCAAUGGGAACAAUUCUCCAUCGCUCUCAAAUGGUGGUUUUAAGCCCUCUAGACCUCCAAGACCUUCACGGCCACCUCCACCCACCCCACGUAGACCAGCAUCGGUCAAUGGUUCACCAUCUGCCACUUCCGAAAGUGAUGGAUCUAGUACAGGCUCUCUACCACCAACAAGUACAACUACAAAUAUAUCUGAAGGAGCAACAUCUGGAUUAAUAAUUCCUCUUACUAUAUCUGGAGGCUCAGGGCCUAGGCCAUUAAAUCCUGUAACUCAAGCUCCCCUACCACCUGGUUGGGAGCAGAGAGUGGACCAGCAUGGACGAGUUUAUUAUGUAGAUCAUGUUGAAAAAAGAACAACAUGGGACAGACCUGAACCUCUGCCUCCUGGCUGGGAACGGCGGGUUGACAAUAUGGGACGUAUUUAUUAUGUUGACCAUUUCACAAGAACAACAACAUGGCAGAGGCCAACAUUGGAAUCCGUCCGAAACUAUGAACAGUGGCAGCUACAACGUAGUCAACUUCAAGGAGCAAUGCAGCAGUUUAACCAGAGAUUCAUUUAUGGGAAUCAAGAUUUGUUUGCUACAUCACAAAGUAAAGAAUUUGAUCCCCUUGGUCCUCUGCCACCUGGAUGGGAGAAGAGAACUGAUAACAAUGGCAGAGUAUAUUUUGUCAACCACAACACUCGAAUUACACAAUGGGAAGACCCCAGAAGUCAAGGUCAAUUAAAUGAAAAGCCCUUACCUGAAGGCUGGGAAAUGAGAUUCACAGUAGAUGGAGUUCCGUAUUUUGUUGACCACAACAGAAGAACAACCACCUAUAUAGAUCCCCGCACAGGAAAAUCUGCCUUAGACAAUGGACCACAGAUAGCAUAUGUUCGAGACUUCAAGGCAAAAGUUCAGUAUUUCCGGUUUUGGUGUCAGCAACUGACCAUGCCACAGCACAUAAAGAUCACAGUGACAAGAAAAACAUUGUUUGAGGAUUCCUUUCAACAGAUAAUGAGCUUCAAUCCCCAAGACCUGCGAAGACGUUUGUGGGUGAUUUUUCCAGGAGAAGAAGGUUUAGAUUAUGGAGGUGUAGCAAGAGAAUGGUUCUUUCUUUUGUCACAUGAAGUGUUGAACCCCAUGUAUUGCCUGUUUGAAUAUGCAGGGAAGGACAACUACUGCUUGCAGAUAAACCCUGCUUCUUACAUCAAUCCAGAUCACUUGAAAUACUUUCAUUUUAUUGGCAGGUUUAUUGCCAUGGCUCUGUUCCAUGGGAAAUUUAUAGACACCGGUUUUUCUUUACCAUUCUAUAAACGUAUCUUGAACAAACCAGUUGGACUUAAGGAUUUAGAAUCUAUUGAUCCAGAAUUUUACAAUUCUCUAAUCUGGGUUAAAGAAAACAAUAUUGAGGAAUGUGGUUUGGAAAUGUACUUCUCCGUUGAUAAAGAAAUUUUAGGUGAAAUUAAGAGUCAUGAUUUGAAACCCAAUGGUGGCAAUAUUCUUGUGACAGAAGAAAAUAAAGAAGAAUACAUUAGAAUGGUAGCUGAGUGGAGGUUAUCUAGAGGUGUUGAAGAACAGACACAAGCUUUCUUUGAAGGCUUUAAUGAAAUUCUUCCCCAGCAGUAUUUGCAGUACUUCGAUGCAAAGGAAUUAGAGGUACUUUUAUGUGGAAUGCAAGAGAUUGAUUUGAAUGACUGGCAAAGACAUGCCAUCUACCGUCAUUAUACUAGGACAAGCAAACAAAUCAUGUGGUUUUGGCAGUUUGUUAAAGAAAUUGAUAAUGAGAAGAGAAUGAGACUUCUACAGUUUGUUACUGGAACCUGCCGAUUGCCAGUAGGAGGAUUUGCUGACCUCAUGGGGAGCAAUGGACCACAGAAAUUCUGCAUUGAAAAAGUUGGGAAAGAAAAUUGGUUACCCAGGAGUCAUACCUGUUUUAACCGCCUAGACCUUCCACCUUACAAGAGCUAUGAGCAACUGAAGGAAAAACUGUUGUUUGCCAUUGAAGAAACAGAAGGAUUUGGACAAGAGUAACUUCUGAGACCUUGUACCACUGAAGGACGAGAACUUAUUUUACAGUGUUUGUCCUUUUCCUUCUCUGCAUAUUGCACAUCUUGUUAUAAAAUUGGACUAAACUAUUCAGUUAUCUGAUAGUUUAUCAGUUAUCUGAGAUUUAUCUCCCAGUGAUUGUAGAUUUCUACUUAGUAGUUCCAGAAAUCAAAUCUACAAACACUAGUCAAUGACUUACUUAACAUGAGAUUUAACACAGCAAUGAAAUCUGCCUUGUCUUAUUCCACUAGAUUGUUUCCUUAACAAUUUUGUGUGUGUCAAAAGUCUCACUUGGGAGUAGGUUUUUUUUCUCUUAGAGAUUCUGCAGCUAUGCAGGGAAGUCUCUUGGUAACUGCAAUAUACAAGAUCUUCUUAUUAAGCCUCUUGCUAAGAGGUAUUCAGUAAAAGUACAAGCUUAGCCCAGCUUCUGGACAUGUGCACAAACUGCUAGCUUGUGCUCUCCCUCUCAUUUCAGCCUGGCAUGACUGUUGUUUUUCAUUCCUGGAGCAUGAAUCCAUGCAUCAUUUUGAUGUUAUUCCUGGGAGUGAUACAAGACUCUUGAAUCUCUCUCCAAAGUAGUUUUGCCUGUUUGAAUUCAGGGAAAAAUUGGUCCCAGUGCAAAUGACUUCAUAUCUCUCUUCAUUUGGAAAUUUGAUUAUUUUAAUUAUCUGCAAAUACUAACUUUACAAACGUUAUCAACAUUGUGGUUCCUUCACUGAUGUUUUUAAAGUUAACCUAGAAUUGAAAUUAUUUCUGCUGAAUUCAUUUAAGGCCAUUAUUGACAAUUUUUGUAUGAUCCUAUACAUAAAUUGAAGCUUUAUAAUUCCAUUAUAAUCCAACAAUUACACUCGUAUUUAACUUUUGCUAAGGAGUUCAAAUUGUAACUAGAGUAUUUUCUAUUCCAAAUAGAGAUCAGUGAAAGAGCCUCUCAAAUAAUAUUUUCAUUUGGGAGGGAGAGCUUUUAGCACUAGCUAGAAGAAAAGGGAAGAUAACAUCUAGUAACCACAGAAAUGUAUCCUCUGUCUGAAUUAAUUUGCUGGUUUCUCUGACACAUGUUCGAGUAGUCAUUUCCAUUCUCUACAUUGUCCUGAAUUGAGCCAAUAUCUUUCAUCUGUAAUAUUCUUUCACCUCUAAAAUUUCGGCAGGCUCUCCUUUUUUUCCCUAUGACAAGUUUAUUUUAGACUGCUCCAUUUGUAAGUGAUUAAUGCACUUGACUUUCUCUGUAGUUCAUUAAUUUAACUUGGCCUCGCUUAGACUGUCAAGAUGCUGCUGUUACAGAUUUGACUUUAUGGGCAGUGAGCUGAAACCUAAGCCACCUGAGUUUCUAUCAUAGCCAAACCCUGAAGACAGCUUUAUAAUCAUAUAACAGGGACUUUGGCAUGUUGCAGUAGCAUAGCAUGAACCAAUUGCAUGAAGCCAAGAAUACUCAAAGAGUAGCAAACCUCUGUUCCAUAUGAAAAGAAAAUGUUUUGACAUCCCUGUCCUUCCUAUUUAAAUCCUGAAACAACAAAAACAUUUUUAAACUUGUGUAUCUGGACUCUUUGACACUGCCAUCUUAUGCAAAGACUUAAGUGAGUUGCCUCAUCCAGAAACUGUCAGUGUAAAGGGAGAGAUUAGACUUUCUUAAACCCUAUCUGUUUUUUAUUCCACAUACCCUAGGAAAUACAGAGUGAUUUCUAAAAGCCCUAAUUGUUUCCAAAGAAGGGCUUCUCUGCCUUUUUGUUUGUAGGGUUAAAAAAAAAAAACACAAAUAAACAAAAAACAUGCUAUUGCUGUGUCUUACAGAGCAAAUGUCUGCCAACUCCUCAUUUAUAAUAUAAGUCUGAACUUUGGUAAUAUGUGUCUAUGAAGAUAAAGACUUCCUAUUGAGGUGAAUUCACAUACUGAAAUAUAGUUACCUACCAUAUUUACUAGAGAUUUAUGAGAUUAAAUUAAGAGUUAAUGUAAGAAAAUAAGCUUUUUCGAUUCUACAUAACGCAUUUUAGGGAACUAGAAAUAUUGUAUGAAAAUGUAUAAAUAUCAUCCAAAAAGGCUUUCUGCCCUAUAUUUUUAAAAUACAGAAUAGUUAUAUUUGAAAUAGCUCUGGCCCUAGUUCUAUAGGGCUUGGCUAUUUAAUAUUUUUAUGAAAGAAACAUUUAGUUCUGGAAAGGUAAAUGCUUGUAUAUAUUUUUGCAGCCUGGGGUUUCCCUGCUCCAUUUCUUCCUUUAAUUUAAAUGGUCACAUGUGUAUGUCUUCCCUGCUGUAUUAGGAAAAUGGGGGCUGGAUAUCCCAAGAAUCAGAGGUUAUAUAAAAAUAGUACAGACAGCAGACAUAAAUAUCUACCAAAUGCUAUCUUAAAUUUUGGUCCAAAAUAAAUAUUUGGAAAUAGAUUUAUUGUAAGUGUUCAAUUAGAACUUUUUCUUAAAUCUGAAGUAAAUUGCUUUUAAGGUCCUUUUUCUUUGUAAGCAUUGUAAAUGCUAAUAAAUCCUGUUAAUUUUUUUUAACUGCAUGUUACAUCGAAAUAAAAACAAAGUAAAAUGAGCAAUUGCCUUAUUCUUCUGCUCUUUUGGUGGGAUGGGGAAGGCAGCAUUCCACAGCCUGGAUCAAGAGGGAAGGACCUCACUUGUUUCAUCAAAUGGGAUGUUUUAAAAAUGAUCUAGCAGCUCCUAAUAAUGAAUUCUUGCUCUUUUAUAAUCUUAAAGUGCAAAAGAAUCUAAUUUCCUAAGACUUACAAUAACUCUAUUUAAAAUUCAGGUACUGAUUUUUCAUCAAGGGAUUGACAUGCCAAUGUCAACUCAUCAGAAAUUUUAGUGAAAUGAGACUCAACUGCCCACAGAGGUCUCACCCUAAAUGAACUAUUUACUUACGUGGUUAAUAAUUUGAAUUGUCACCAGCAAUGACUCAUGGAAUUAGACUUUGCUUCCAAUUUUAUGUCCCUCAUUUUGGAUGUAAGUUUAUCCUUCUAAACUCCUUUAGGGUUAUCUACUUCUAUUUAAUGUAUUAUUGGUAUC